AUGGACGAAACGUUUACUAAAGAUCUAGCUGGAGAUUUUGAAAAGUUAUAUGAAUCCAAAGAACGCUAUGACACAAUUAUCACUGUUGGAAAAGAACCAAAUGUUGAACCAAUUUAUGCACAUUCUGUAAUUCUUUGCACUAGAUCACCUUAUUUUCGUAGAGCAUUAUCUGAUGAAUGGGCUGAAAAAAAGGAUGGUUAUUUUAUUUUAUCCAAACCUAAUAUAAGUGCAUUAAUUUUUAAUAUUAUUCUCAACCAAAAAGUUGAAAUAAUUUUAGAGCUUCUAGUUGCUGCAGAUGAACUUUUAAUUCAAAAACUUAUUGACUUUAUUCAAGAAUUUUUAAUCAAAAAUAUUGGUAAAUUCUUACAAAAAGAUAUCAUUAAAACGGUUCAUUUUGUUGCUCACAAUAACCAAUUUAAUGAACUUAAAGAAGCUUAUUUGAAGAUCAUUUGCGACGAUCCUUACUUCAUAUUUAGUACAGAGGAGUUCUUUCAGUUAGAAGAAGAAGCACUAAAAUUAAUUCUUAAAUGUGAUAACCUCAAUAUGAAAGAAAUUGAAAUUUGGAUUGCACUAGUUGAAUGGGGAAUCAAUCAACAAAAAAAACUUAAAAGUGACAUGAUGUGUGAAGACACUAAUAGCGAAGACAUUAAUCCACUAGGAGAGACAUUAGGUGAAUUAAUUAAAUUCAUUAGAUUUCAUCAGAUGGAUCGUGAAGAGUUCAUGCCCGAAGUGUGGAAAUAUAAGCACCUUCUUUCGGAACAGUUAAUUGAGGAUAUACUUAGUUGUUUAUUAGAUUCUGAUUUCAAACCAUUAUACAACACAUUUCUCAUUAGAUGGGGCAACUUUCAAAUCGACUCAGUAUUAAUUAACAAGGAGAUUGCAUUAUUAUUGAUGAAAUGGAUAGAUAGAAAAACUAUAGAUGAUAAUACUUCCAAAGGAUUUCAUUAUAGCUUUAAUCUUCUUUUUCGAAGCAGUCUAGAUGGUCUUUCUUCAAAAACUUUUCAUCGAAAAUGUGAUAACAAAGGAGCAACAAUUGUUGUUGCGAAAGAUCUAAAUUCAAAUUAUCUUGUUGGUGGUUACAAUCCAAUUAGAUGGAAUUGUAAAAAAGCAUGGAAACAAACAACAGACAGCUUCUUAUUUGCCUUAGAUCAGACUGACUUCAAAAACGCAAAAGUGUCACGCAUUAAGCAUCUUGAUUGUAGUAUUGUUUGCAGUGAAGGUUUUGGUCCACUUUUCGGAGAAGGUGAUUUAUACGUUACAAACAACGAUAACACCUGGCAACUUAAACCAAAAUGCUACCCUAGUUUGUUAAGC